AUGUCGUCUGAUAGCAGUAGCGAUGUUGGCGGGAUUCAGGGUUAUCUGAACAAACUACACACUUUUCUUGGGAACACUGAGACAAGAAACGCUGCUCUGAUAUGUCACGAUAUCAUUGGAGACUUGGGGCAAGAAUGCAUGAUAACCAAGAACGAAAAUACACUGGUUUUCCAGACAUCCUUGCUCUUUGCCAAGGAGGAGGGUUUACUCGCCUUUCUCAGAAAAUCUCUGUGUCACGAAGAACUACGGGACGCCAGAGUGGACAUUCUCAAUCUCUUGAUGAACUUCAUUCAAAGGGUUUCUACCAACGUCAAAGGCUGGGAUAGGAGCUAUGCCGUAGAACUCAAGGACGCUUGUCUUGUAGUCUUCACAAAGGAUAAAGCAGCCAAAUGCAGAUCCCCUGCUUUGGAACUACUGAUCAAAGUAAUAUAUCUAACCAAAGACUCCAGUAUUGCCCAGGAUUUGAAAGUUGGAGACAUGUUCAAUAAAUUUUAUGCUGAACUCUGCCAGAAAAACAAAUUACCUGAUACAGUACUUGGAAACAUUUAUGAGUUGCUUGGAGUUUUGGGAGAGGUGCACCCCAGCGAGAUGGUCAACAACUCAGAUAAACUCUAUAAAGCUUACCUGGGAGAGCUGAGAGGACAGAUGACCUCAGCUACGAGGGAGCCCAAACUGCCCGUAGUGGCUGGAUGCCUGAGGGGAGUCACAGCACUCAUGGUGAACUUCACAAAGUCCAUGGAAGAAGACCCAGCAACUUGUAAGGAAAUCUUUGAUUAUUCUCUGAAAGCCAUCUGUCCACAGACUGAGAUGAGACGCUAUGCGGUCACCUUUGCUGGACUCCGCCUGUUUGCUAAGCAUGCUAACCAGUUCAGUACCUGCCUCAUGGACCACUAUAAGACCGUUUUUGACGUCAUGUCCAAACUGUGUGGCCACAUGAACGCAGAGAUGAAGAAGACCAGCUACUAUGCGCUGGAGUCUUUCCUCAAACAGGUGGCCUCUCUCAUGGCCGAGAACGUAGAGGAACACAAAGGCAAACUCAGGUUCUUCAUGCAGAAGUUCUGUGCCAUUAUCAAGACCAUGGACUCCACACACAAAGAGCUCUCCAUCGCUAUCAGAGGAUACGGACUUUUUGCAGAGCCGUGUAAGGUCGUGUGUCCGCAGGACGUGGAUCUGAUGUACACUGAACUCAUCCAGCGCUGUAAGCAGGUGUACCUGACCGAGUCCGACAGGGACGAAGACAAUCUUUACCAGCUUCCCAGUUUCCUGGACUCCAUCGCCAGUGUCCUCAUCCACCUAGACAGAAUCCCGGAGGUGUACACGCCCGUGUUGGAGCGCCUCCUGGUGGUUCAGAUCGACCACUUUCCCCAGUACAGCCAGAGGAUGCAGCACACCACCUGCCGUGCCAUCGUCAAGGUGCUGGUCGCCAUGGCAGCCAAGGGCCCAAUCUUGUGGAGUUUCAUCAGUUCUGUGGUGCAUCAGGGUCUUAUUCGUGUCUGCUCCAAGCCUGUUUUUGUGCCUGAAGAGGAGAACAGUUCUCAGAGUGACGCCAGAACCGGGGAGGAAACUGGAGAACCCACACAGGUGCGCACUGGGAAAUGGAAGGUUCCAUCAUAUCGUGACUACCUGGAUCUCUUCAGGGAACUUCUGGACUGUGAGAACCUGAAGGACACUGGGUUUCUGGACAGAGGCUUUGAAGCCCAAAAUGCCAACCUGAAAGCUUUGGGUCAACUGUUGUAUGAUGAACUGGUGAAGUCUGUGAUGAAGAUUGUGGAGAAGCUGGAUCUGUCUGUGCAGAAAGUGAACGCAGAGGAAGAGGCACAGGAUAACCUCAGUGGUGUAUGUCUGCCCUCCUCUGACCCAACUGCCAACCUGGUUCCCAACAAACCGAAAGACUUCACUGCCUUUGUCAACCUGGUGGAGUUCUGCAGCGAGUUGUUGCCUCAGAAACAUCCAGAAUACUUUGACCAGUGGGUGUAUCCACUGUGUCACGAGCUGAUUCUCCAGUCGAUACGUUUUCCGCUGGUCAGCGGUUUCUACAAGCUCCUCUCCCUGUCCAUGUCCAUUGGCCAGAAGAUUAGGUACUUCCAGGAUGUUGGACCUAAAUCCUUCAAAUCCAAAGAUGCUACUGUAGACCCACAGAAGAGCGCCUGCUUCGCACUUGUCUCCAAGUUUGGCAAAGAGGUGUCUGUGCGUAUUAAGCAGUAUAAAGACGAACUCCUGGCUGCUUGUUUGACAUUCAUCCUCUCUCUCCACCCGGAUAUCGUGGCUCUGGACAUCAAAGCAUACAUCCCAGCUCUCCAGGCCGCUCUGAAGCUGGGUCUGAGUCACGCUCCUCUGGCCUCGGCGGCUUUGGAUGCUCUGGAGUCCUGGUCUUCCCACAUUCCCCCUGCCGUCCUGCAGCCGCACUACGGACAAAUACUGCCCCACCUGGACGGAUACCUCAAAACAGCCUUGGGCAACGAUAAAGAAGAGAGCGGCAUGGAGGUGUUGUGUUUGUCGUCAGGGAGCGAGAAAGGAUACGGCCGAAUCAUGAUGAGGCUUCUGAAAAAAAGCAGACAUCUGCCCAUGGGGGAUGAGUCUCCCAUUGCCGCUGUGAGGCGGAGAGUGGUCCGUUUACUGGGUCACCUGGGAGGACAGCUGAACCGAAGUCUGGUCACCGCCACCUCUGCGGAGGACAUGAUGAAGCGGCUGGUGGCUUGGGACAGCGAGAGGAGACUGAGUUUUGCCGUGCCGUUCAUGGACAUGAAACCCGUCAUCUACCUGGACUCCUUCCUGCCCCGCAUCACCGAACUCGCCCUCUCCUCCAGCGACAGGCAAACCAAAGUAGCGGCCUGCGAACUUCUCCACAGCGUGGUGGUGUAUAUGGUGGGGAAGGGAGCUCAGAUGAUGGAGGGGGAGAAGUCCACUCCUCCCAUGUACAACCUGCAUAAACGCAUCUUUCCUGUUCUCCUGCGCCUGGCCUGCGACGUCGACCAGGUGACAAGGCAGCUCUUUGAGCCUCUGGUCAUGCAGCUGAUCCACUGGUUCACCAACAACAAAAAGUUUGAGAGCCAAGACACGGUGGCUGUGCUGGAGGCCAUACUGGACGGCAUUGUGGAUCCGUUAGACAGCACGUUGAGGGACUUCAGUGGCCGCUGCAUCCAGGAGUUUGUGAAGUGGUCCAUCAAACAGACCACGCCCAAGCAACAGGAGAAAAGCCCGGCGAACAUCAAGUCUCUCUUCAAACGCAUCUACAGCCUGGCCUUGCACCCCAACGUGUUCAAGAGGCUCGGAGCUGCACUGGCUUUCAACAGUAUCUACAGACACUUCAGGGAGGAGAACUCUCUAGUGGAGCAGUUUGUCUUUGAAGUCCUGGUGGUUUUUAUGGAGAGUUUGGCUCUAGCUCACUCUGAUGAGAAAUCGUUGGGAACCAUACAACAGUGCUGCAGUUCCCUGGACCAUCUGAAGAGAAUAAUCAAACACAAAGCUAAUUCCCUCAACCAGUCUGCCAAGAGACGCACACCCAGAGGUUUUCCUCCUGAUAAGUCAGUGUGUCUUUCCGACGUGGUCACGUGGCUGUUGGCGCAAUGUGGGCGUCCACAGACGGAAUGUCGGCACAAAUGCAUGGAGCUCUUCUAUGAGUUUGUGCCUUUGUUACCUGGUAAAGCUGCUCCUGCAGUGUGGUUGGAGGAGCAGAUUAAGAAAGGCGGUCCCGGAUUUCUGAUCUCACAGCUGGAGGGCGGAGGCUUGCUGGCCCAGCCCACUCUGAGGGAGGUGGAGUCACCGUUCAGUGUGAGGGCCACCCUGCAGUGGAUGGACCUGCUGCUGGCUGCCCUGGACUGCUACAACACCUUCACCAGCCUGAAGCUCAUCCAACCACAGAAGAUACUGAGCUCCGGUGAGAAGUCUAGUUUUUUGCCGGCUGUGUGUUUCUUUCUGAGGGAACUGGCCAGACAGGACCUAGAGGCAGCUGAGGGGUGUUUCAGGGAGGAGGGGGUCACAGGGGGGUCUGUCUUCAGCCCCCGCGAGAGAGAGCUCUACAACUACAGCAAGUGCACUAUCACAGUCCGACUGCUGGAGUUCUCCACCAUGGUUCUGUUGAAAUGCCAGCAAGACCUCUGGAAGAUGCUGGAGCAGGACCUUUUCAACAACUCCUUCUUCGAGCUGGUUGCUAUGACGAUCUGUGAGCCGCCGUCUAUUGGGUUUAACAUGGCAGAUCUGGAAGUAGUUUCACACCUGCCAAAGGUGUGUGUUGAGCUGCUCAAGGCCCUGGUCCAGACACCAUACAGAACAAACCUGGAGAAUAGCAUCAGGGAGAGGAUCUCAGCACAGAGUGUGGAGGAGCUUUGUGCAGUGAACCUGUAUGAUCCUGACUCUCGCGGUGGUCAUACCAAACUGGAACUGUUACUGUCUGCCUGCAGACAGCUUCACCAGGCAGGACUUCUCAGCUCCAUCCUACACAGUCAGGUUAGCCCUGUUUCUUUCAGCCACCACCUCGGCUCUGGAGUCCUCAUGGCAGUCUACCGAGGCAUUGCUCCUGGAGAAGACAGGAAGUCCCUCCCCUCCAUGGAUGUCAGCAGUAGGAAGUUAGCGGACGGCCUGUUGCAGCUGGCAUUCUCAUUGGGUGGACAGAGUGAACAGAUGGUGGGUCUACUGCUGAACACCAUCCCUUUGUGUGUUCCUCUGUCUGGAAGCCUGAACCCACAUUUUAUCAAGUUUUCCCAUGGAGAGUACUUUUACAGCCUUUUCCAAAACACUGUUAACACUGAACUCCUGGGCUCUCUGGACGUGACUGUACCACUGCUCCUGGACGCCGCCAUUGAGAACCCCAACAUGGUCAGCAUCCUGCUUAACGGCAUGCUGGACCACAGCUUCCGCGAGCGCUCCGUGAGGAAGAGCCAGGGCGCGCGAUUGGCCGAACAGGUUCUGCAGAGGUGGGACUCCCUGAGGCCCUGGUGGGGAAGGUCCUCCUCCACUCCUGAGAGCAAAACGUCCACCCUCACACUACUGUCCAAAGUGUUACAGAUUGACUCUUCUGUCUGCUCCAAUACCACUCAUCCAGCUUUCCGGGGUGUGUUUAACACCUUCACCACGCUCAUCACUGACACAGCACUCCCCUUAAACCUGAAGAGUCAAGCUCUCAUCGUGCUGCCGUUCUUCACCGCCCUGCCCGCUGAGCAGCUGGAAGACCUGCAGAGGGCACUGGAGUCACUGGUGGUCUCCCACUUCCCCAUGCAGUCAGACGAAUUCCCCCACGGUUCACUCCAGCGCAACAACUACAUGGACUGUGUCCGUAAGUUUCUAGAUGCCCUGGAGCUAUCCCAGAGUCCUUUGCUGUUGAAGCUGAUGGCGGGAGUUCUGUGUCGAGACAAGAGGCAUAUCAUGGAGGAUCUUUUCCAGACCUGCUUUCAGAGAAUCGCCAGACUGUCCAACUGUGAGAGGCAGGUUCUCCUGCUCUGUACUGUGUAUCAGACGUUCCGUGCCGGAGAUGUUCCGAUAAAUUCCAUGAUGAUGGCCCUGAUGGACCGAGUCCUGCUCCCAUUGGCCUCUCACUGUUCCUCUAACGCCUUGUCACAGUUCUUCAUCACCAACAUCGCCGACAUCAUGACCAGUCUGCAAGCUCGCUUCACCAAGAUGAACGAGGGUGUGUUUGAGAAGCAGUUAAUGAUGAAGAACGGCUGCUAUAAGCUGCUGGAGCUGCUGUACUCUCGCCUCCCUAAAGAGGAGGUGUAUUCCAAGGAGUCAGCCAUCAAUAAAGCCUUUUGUCAUCCAGGACCUGCCGAGGGAAACGAACUGUCCAAAAACCUCCUCAAGUCGUCUUUUGAAGCUUUCACGGAGAACAUGCAGGGAGAGACAGUUCUUUUGGAGCUGAGGAGACAGUACCACUGCUCUGCCUACAACUGCGCCAUCGCUGUCAUCAGCUGCAGCUUCAACGAGACCAAGUUCUACCAGGGUUUCCUCUUCACGGAGAAACCAGAGAAGAAUCAGUUCAUAUUUGACAACAUCAUUGACACCCAGAGGACCUAUAAUUUCCCCAUUGAGAUUGAUGUGCCUAUUGAGAGGAAGAAGAAGUAUGUCAUGAUCAGGAAGGAAGUUAGUGGAGAAAAUGGAGAUGUGCCGGUCUACCUAUCCUCCCAGUCUUACAUGGCAGACAGCAGCCUCAGUGAGGAGAUGAGUCAGUUUGAUUUCUCUACUGGAGUCCAGAGCUUCUCCUACAACUCCCAGAAUCCCGCAGGCUACAGCAGACCCAGCAGAUCCAGGGAGCGUGCUGAAGUGGUGUCUCAGGAUGAGACCAUAGAGUUGGACAUGGAUGAACUCAACCAACAUGAGUGUAUGGCCACUAUGACUGCUCUCCUGAAUCACAUGCAGAGAAACAACAUCACACCUAAAGUCGAGAAGGAUGUUGUUCCCAGCGAGCUUCCUCCCUGGAUGAAGUUUCUGCAUGGGAAACUUGCUAAUCCAUCCACAGCUCUGAACGUCCGACUCUUCAUCGCCAAACUCAUCAUCAAUGCUGAGGAGGUGUUUCGUCCCUAUGCCAGGCACUGGUUGGGGCCCAUGCUGCAGCUGGUGGUCUCAGGGAAUAACGGCAGAGAGGGAAUCCACUUCAUGGUGGUAGAUAUCGUGGUGACUGUUCUCUCCUGGACCAGCUUGGCCACACCCAAGGGUAACACCAGGGAUGAAAUCCUGGCCAAUCGACUGUUGGAGUUUCUGAUGAAGAACUGCUUCCACAGUAAAAGGCCCGUGUUCAGACACAACCUGGAGAUCAUCCGCACUGUAGUGGAAUGCUGGAAAGACUGCCUCCACGUGCCUUACAGUCUGAUAUACGAGCGCUUCGCCGGCACAGACCCCAGCAGUAAGGAUAAUUCUGUCGGCCUCCAGCUGAUGGGGAUUGUUCUGGCCAAUAAUCUCCCUCCAUAUGACCCAGACUGCGGCAUUGACCACAACAGGUAUUUUCAGUCGCUGGCCAAUAACCUGUCCUUUGUCAGAUAUAAGGAGGUUUAUUCUGCUGCAGCUGAGAUCAUAGGCCUCACACUGAACUAUAUGACUGAGAAAACCGACCAAAAUGAGGAACCUUUAUUCAACCUGACCGUUAAAAAACUGAACGAACUGAAGAACAAGAACAUGGACGAUAAAUUUGUCAUCUGCCUGAACAAAGUGGCUAAGCACUUUCCUCCCCUCGUAGAUCAGUUUGUGAAUCAGGUGUUUUACCUGAUGCCCAAGCUCCACGGGGUCUUCAUGACACUUUGCCUGGAGUGUGUUCACAGUCGCGCCGAAGCCUUACCUGACGUUUACAUGCACCUCAAGACCAAAAACCUCACCCAGAUCAUGGCGCACCGAGACGAGGCGAGGCAGCGCGCGUGUCUGGACAUCGUACAUAAGAUCCUGGCCUCUCUGAAGCCCGAGGAGCUGAGGGAGAUCCUGGGUGCCGUAUGCGCCUUCAUCUCUCACCCCUCCCCCGCCUGCAGGGAGCGGAUGUAUGAUAUCCUUAUGUGGAUCCAAGACAACUACAGUGAUGUUGAGAGUAAAGAGGACAACACAUCAAUGGAGGUUCUCAGCAUGGCAAAGGAAACCCUGCUUCAGGGCCUGACAGACGAAAACCAGGGACUACAACUAUACGUGCGUAACUUCUGGAGUCACGAGAGACGCUUGCCCCGCAGCACGCUGGAGCGCAUGCUGGUGGUUUUGCGUUCGUUGUAUUCGUCUCGUAUCGAAGACCGAUUCCUCAGCUUGGCUACAGACCUCCUGCUGGAGUUGACCAGCCAGAGCCCUGACUACACGCGUAACCUGUUUGAAUACCCGCUGUCUGAGUGCAAGUUCCAGGACUACAUGAUUGACUCUAACUGGCGUCUGCGGAGCACAGUCCUCACGCCCAUGUUUAUGGAGACCCAGGCCACUCAGGGACCCGGUGCCACUCAGGCACAGGACAGCGCGGGCACGCCACCGGGGUCAAUGAGGGGUCAAAUCCGGGCAACGCAAGCCUCACUGGAGUUCACCCAGACUCAGGCUCCAGGCUCAGGUCGGCGUACGUCCUAUAAUUGGUUGACCGGUGGUAGCGUUGACACACUAGCCGAAUAUUCUCUUUCCUCCGAGUCCCUGUCUUCACUGAUGGCGUUUGGAAAGAAAUCAGAGCGCCCCCAAGUGGCCUGGAGGGCUGUUGGCACAGGUUUUGGGUCAAAACGACUCGGUGCCCCCACAGACGAGACAGACAGCAGAAGUAUUGCUGAGCGAGAGAGACGAGCCGACAUCCUACGGCUGAGGAGGCGGUUCCUUAAGGACAAGGAGAAGGAAAAUUUGAAGUUUGCCAAGCGGGAAAUCUUAGCGCAGAGACAGGAGAAGGUAAAGAGGGCGGAUCAGAAGCUGCGUCGGGACGCUCAGGUGACCCUGUACCGCAGCUACAGAGUCGGAGAUCUGCCGGACAUCCAGAUCCAGCAUAGUAGUCUCAUCGCUCCGCUGCAAGCCCUCGCCCAGAGGGACGCCACGCUGGCCAAACAGCUGUUCAGCUCCCUGUUCGCGGGCCUGCUGGUGGAGAUGGAGAAGUCCAAGCCGGCAGGGGAGAAGAAGAGGAUCCAUGAGGAGCUGCUGCAGGACAUUAACACCUUCCUCAGCAGGAGUACAGCCUACUUUCCUCCCUUCAUCGCAUGCGUGCAGGAUAUGAGUUACCAGCAUAUGGCCCUGCUGGGCGUGCAUCCUGCCAACGUGAGUGCCAGCUGCCUGGCAAGCCUGCAACAGCCCAUGGGCAUCCUGCUCUUGGAGCAGAACCUUCUGCACUCUACCGAUACACCGGGAGAGCCUCCGUCCAAAAGGGCCCGCGGCCGCAGGGAGCUUCCGCCCGACACCGAGAGAUGGAUCCACCUAGCCAAGUUGUACAGGUCUCUUGGAGACUAUGAUGUCGUGAGGGGGAUCUUUGGGGGGAAGAUCGGCACGAAGGCCAUUACCUCCAUGGCCCUCCAGGCAGAGGCCAAGAGUGACUAUGCCGAGGCAGUGAAACUCUAUAACCAGGCUUUGAACAAGGAAGGGUGGGAGGAUGGGGAACCCACUGAUACGGAGAAGGACUUCUGGGAAAUCGCAGCUCUUGAUGCUUACGGUCAUUUGACUGAGUGGAAGUCUCUUCAGUACUGUGCUACGGUCAACAUUGACGAAAACACCCCCAUCGACCUGAACAAGAUGUGGAGUGAACCUUUUUAUCAGGAGACCUAUCUGCAGUACAUGAUGCGCAGCAUGAUGAAGCAGCUGCAGCAGGGUCAAAGGGAUCAGGCUCUCCUGACCUUCGUCGACUCCGCCAUGAAGGUGGAGCAGCGGAAGAUCGUCAUGGAGACGCACUACAGCCAGGAGCUGAGCCUGUUGUACAUCCUGCAGGAGGACUACGACCGCGCCAAAUACUACGCCAACAACUGCAUGCAGGUCUUCAUGCAGAACUAUUCGAGUAUCGACCCUCUGCUGAGCCGUAGUCGCCUGACGGUGCUCCAGUCAGUUCAGGCCCUGACAGAGAUCCAGGACUUCCUCCAGUACAUCACAGGAGAAGUUUCUGUGAAUUCCCUGAGGAAUGUGAUCCGACUUUGGACCAGUCGCUACCCCGAUGCCAAAAUGGACCCCAUGAAUGUUUGGGAUGACAUCGUCACCUCUCGCUGUUUCUUCCUGGAUAAGAUUUGUGAAAAGCUGAACUCCAGUCCUCCUAACAGUAUGGAGGUGGACGACACAGAGGAGAGCGCAGAGGAGCUUAGGGCUCUCGUGAGGAACUGCAAAUUCAGUAUGAAACUACGAAUGGCAGACAGUGCCUGGAAACAGAACAACUUCUCCGUGGCGACCAAGCUGCUGAAGGAGCUUCACAGGGAGGCGAAGACAAACCCAAAGUGGUUGCUCCGCUGGGUCCACAGCUUCAGCCGUUUUACCCACCGCAGGUGCCUUGGUCUGGGCCCCAGCGAGCAGAUCAGCUCCCUGAUCAAGACCGUCCCACUGCUGGAGGAAACAGAGCGACAGAGUGAGGGAGGAAGUACCAAAGUGUUCAGGGACCAACGGAUCCUUCUCGGUACCACCUUCCACCUUAUGGGCAAUGCUGUCGGUAGCAGUCCCUCUGUUCUGGAAGCUAUAGGCCCUGAGAAAGCAGGAAGGAUCUUAGAACUUUCCGGAGCAUCCUCUAACAGCCAGAUCAGGGAAGGGCUGCAUCAGCGCGCUCUGGAGCUGUUGCACAGUGCGGCUCGAAGGGCCGACGAAGAGGUCCAGUCCUUCAGCGGGCAGCACACAGACACCGCCGGCAUCAUCGACGCCUACAUGACCCUCGCCAACUUCUGCGACAGCCGACUGAGAGAGUCGGAGCAGAGAGGAGAAGGAGGAGAGAGCAGCUCUCUGGAGCUCCAGUCGUUGCCUGGGUGUGUGGUGGAGGUGAUGCUAAAAGCACUGAAGCUCCACUCCGAGGAGGCCAGACUCCGGUUCCCCCGCCUGCUUCAGCUGGUAGAGAUAUACCCUGCAGAAACCCUGGACCUCAUGGCCAAAGAGGUCGUAACCGUGCCCUGCUGGCAGUUCAUUGGCUGGAUCAGCCAAAUGAUGGCUCUGCUGGACAAGCCUGAAGCAGUGGCUGUCCAGCAGGUGAUAGAGGAGAUAGCGCAGUGCUACCCUCAGGCCCUUGUCUACCCCUACAUGAUCAGCAGCGAGGGGUACACCUUCCAAGAGUCCGCCACUGGGCACAAGAAUCGCGAGUUUGUGGAAAGGCUUAGACCGAUGCUGGAUAAGGGAGGAGUCAUCCAAGACUUUGUGGAUGCCCUGCAGCAGCUUACCAACCCCGAGAUGCUCUUCAAGGACUGGUGGGAUGAAGUGAAGAAGCACCUGGAAACUCCGAAUCCAGACAAGAAGAAGUUGAGGGAGUUGUAUGGAGAAAUGCACUCCUCUCUUUGCAAUUCCAAAGCUCCGCAAUACGGCACGUUUCGCAAAAAAUUCAUGCAGAAAUUCUCCAAAGAGGUGGAGAAACUGUUGGGGUCCGGUGGUUCCAGGCUGUAUGAUAAGCGUAAGGAUAAGGAGUUCCUGCGGCAGGUGGAGAACCUCGCGAUGUCCAUGAGGGGCUUCCAGAAGGAGCCGGGGAACCUGAAGGAGUACUCCCCCUGGCUCAGUAACUUCAGAGCAGAAACCCUGAAGAAUGAACUGGAGGUACCGGGGCAAUAUGAUGGCGAAUCUAAGCCCUUACCAGAGUACCAUGCCAAAAUAUCAGGCUUUGAUGAGAGGGUGAAGGUGAUGUCGUCUAUCCGUCGGCCCAAGCGUCUUAUCGUGCGGGGGGACGACGAGCAGGAUUAUCCGUUUUUGGUGAAGGGGGGAGAGGACCUGCGACAGGACCAACGAAUCGAGCAGCUCUUCGGCGUCAUGAACAUCAUCCUCAGCCAAGACACGGCCUGUUCUCAAAGAAACCUGGCUCUCCGCACCUACCAAGUGGUCCCCAUCACCAGCAGGAUUGGAUUAAUCGAGUGGAUGGAGAACACCUGCACACUGAAAGACUUCCUCUCCGACAGGAGGACAGAGGAGGAACAGAGGAACAGCACAAAACCAAACGAACACUAUGACAUUUGGCUGAGCAAAGUCACCGGGAAAAAGGAAGGAAUAAUCCGAUAUGUAGAAGUCUACAAGAAAGCAACCCGCCAAGAGACUGUCAACAACUUCAAGAGGCUUGAACAACUUGUGCCAGAGGAUUUGUUAAGACGAGCCUUUGUGAAGAUGAGCACCACGCCCGAGGCCUUCCUCUCUCUGCGGUCUCAUUUUGCCAGCUCUCAUGCCCUGCUCUGCGUCAGUCACUGGGUGCUGGGCAUUGGGGACCGUCACCUCUCCAACUUCAUGAUCAACACGGAGACUGGCGGCAUGAUUGGCAUCGACUUUGGACACGCCUUCGGGUCCGCCACCCAGUUCCUCCCGGUGCCGGAGCUCAUGCCGUUCCGACUGACGAGGCAGUUCCUGAACCUGAUGCGACCCAUGGCGGAGUCCGGUCUGAUCCGGAGCGUGAUGGUCCACGCACUCCGUGCCUUCACAGAUGACCCCGACCUGUUGCUCAACACCAUGGACAUCUUCGUUAAGGAACCUUCGCUGGACUGGAAGAAUUUCGCUGUGAAGCAGCUAAAGAAAGGUGGCACCUGGACAAGCAGUGUAGAUACCAAAGAGAUCAACUGGUACCCGUUACAGAAGGUCAACUUCGCCCGCCGGAAGCUGAAAGGAGCAAACCCAUCUGCUGUAACCAGCGAUGAGCUGGCACUGGGCUUCGAGAAGGAUGCCGCGUUUAAAGGCAUGCUGGCGGUUGCUCGGGGGAGCGAGGAGCAGAACGUCCGAGCCAGGUUCGGGGAUGACGGUCUGAGCGUCGACGAGCAGGUGGACUGCCUGAUCGACCAGGCAACCGACCCCAACCUACUGGGCAGGGUGUGGGUGGGCUGGGAGCCCUGGAUCUGAGGAGCCUUAAGAGGACGUUCACUGAGACAUCUGCCAACACUGAUAAAAAAAUAUUCUGACUCUAAUACAACACUUGUAAUUCUCAGGAAGUAAUGGAUAUACACAGGUUUUGCACUGUUGUGUUUGAAACAGACGGCUAAGAUCGGCUGACAGUAAGUACAGGAUAUUGCUUUUUAGUGAGGUGAUUAAUUCAAUCGAGGGGUGAAUUAGAAUUUAAUUAAAAGUAGGAUCACAGAGUGCUAACAGGACAACG